AUGUCUCCACUGCCAGAAAACACUCUUAUUGGAAUGUGCAAUCCAUUAUUGGAUAUUCAAACCACUGUGCAGAAAGCAUUCCUCGAAAAAUGGGGAUUGAAAGAAAAUGAUGCGAUUUUGUGCGACGACAAAUUAGUUGGAAUGUUCGAAGAGUUGAUCAAGGAACAUCAAGUUGAAUAUAUCCCAGGAGGAGCCGCUCAAAACAGUCUUCGUGUUGCUCAAUGGAUUUUGAACGCACCAAAUCGUACAGUUUUCUUCGGAGCUGUUGGAAAAGACAACUAUGGAGAUUUGUUGGCUGAAAAAGCGACUGCUGCUGGAGUCAAUGUUAAAUAUCAAGUUAAUCCAACUGUUAAAACCGGAACUUGUGCUGCUUUAAUCAACGGAACUCAUAGGUAGGGAUUCUAACCAAAAGCUGUUUUUAUUUUAUAUUUUUUGAUAUUUUCAGAUCUCUUUGUGCUCAUUUGGCUGCCGCCAACACUUUCACUCAAGAUCAUCUCCAAACCGAGGAAAACCUAAAAAUCAUUGAACAAGCCAAAUAUUUCUAUGUUACUGUAAGUAUUUAAAGUUCUCAAUAUAUUUUCCAAAAUAAAUAUGGUUUUUCUAGGGAUUCUUCAUCACAGUCUGUCCACCAGCAAUUCUUCAACUCGCCAAACACAGCAAUGAAUUCAACAAAACCUUCUCGCUCAAUCUCUCAGCUCCAUUCAUUUCACAAUUUUUCUCAGAAAAACUCUUCGAAAUUUUGCCAUACGUCGAUGUUUUGUUCGGAAAUGAAACUGAAGCUGAAGCUUUCGCUGCAGCCAACAAAUGGGAAACAAAAUGUGUCAAAGAAGUCGCAUUGAAAGCAGCCGCUUUGCCAAAAAAUACAAGCAGACCACGAUUGGUUGUUUUCACACAAGGACCAGAUCCGAUUAUUGUUGUUGAAGGAGAUAAGGUAACAUUUUUUUGAAGAGAAAAUGAUCAAGUUUUGAACUUUUUGGGAGAGAAAUUCAUUAAAAAUUGAUAAGAAAAAAAUGAUACAGCGGUCGAAAAACCAAUUUUUUUUUUGGUUUUUUGAACCUGAAACUUUGGAAAAUUUUAAAUCCCUUUGUUUUCAAGAUGAAUCGGACCAGGAUUACCAUAUCUCUUUCUUAUUCAUAUCAGGCCUGAAAAAAUCAGACAUUCAGAUUUCUUGCAUACAAAUUCGUAAAAAUAUCUGAAAUUAAGUUAAUCUACAAUUUUUCUAAAAUGAAAUUUCUCUUGGAAACUCCUUUGUUUUUCAGGUCACCGAAUAUCCAGUCACCAGAUUGGAAAAAGAAGAAAUCGUUGAUACAAAUGGAGCUGGAGACGCUUUUGUCGGAGGAUUUUUGUCACAAUUCAUCCAAGGAAAAUCCAUCGAACAAAGUGUUGAAUGUGGAAGUUAUGCGGCUCAAGAAAUUAUCAAGAAAAAUGGAUGCACAGUUCCAGAAACAUGCAAAUAUCAUUAG